AUGAGUGAAUUCGUUGAAGAAAGCCUCGAGCAACUUCUGCCAAUAUUUGAGCGUCUCCAUACAGUCGAAUUGCUGAAUGUAAAAGAAGUGAACGAAUUCAUAAAACGAUGUCGAAAUCACGAAUAUCGACUUCAAAAAACUGUGAAAGAUCCGCAUGAUUUUGUUCUGUAUGCGGAGUAUUUGAGAGAUGUGCUCGAGCUGAUUCGUAUUCGAAGGAAUCGUUUGAAAUAUUUCAAUAAACACAACGAAAUCGAUGGAUCAAUCAAGGCGAAAAUUGCGGAUGUAUAUCGCCGAUGCACAGACCGCUUUCAGGGUCGUGCAGAAGUGUGGAGGAAGAGGUUGGAUUACCUCAAAAAGGAAAACAUGAGUGUGAGAUGCAGUCAAGCAUACUUUCGCGCACUUCAGGUUUGUAAUCUCUCUUUUACGGAUCUUAAUUAA